AUGAAAUCAAAGUCACACACCGGAAACGGUUAUGCGGCCGACAAUGGCGGAGGUGGAGGUGGAAGCAGCAGCUCACCGAGUCCGCCGCCGUCUCCUCCUCGUCAUUCCGGUGUUUUGCAUUUACGAAAGCGAUUACGGCGGACGAAGUCACUGUCGGCGGGUAUUUUGUCACGGAGGAGUCUCCGAUACUUCUUUCUGCUUCCGGUGGUUUACAUCUCCGGUCUUUUGAUGUGCGUAGGACCGUUUCCUUUUACGUUCUCCUCUCUCAUUGGCCACGCUCCUCUUCCCGGUUCUCGUUACCGGAGUCACGAGGUUUUUCACAAGCUUUGGCAUGAUAUCGAUUCUGAUAAUUCAUCUUUCAUCGAGUUGUCUUCUGUUUGGAAAUACAAAAGGAAGUUGAGAGAAAAGAAGCCUUGUCCAAAUUUGACUGCUUUGCAUCAUGAACAUUUUGUGUCCCCUGGCCUGAAUGGUUUUUUGAUUGUCGAGGCCAAUGGCGGUCUUAAUCAGCAACGCUCUGCAAUUUGCAAUGCUGUGGCUGUUGCUGGACUCCUGAAUGCAAUUCUAGUUAUACCUCAUUUCGAAUUUCACAAUGUGUGGAAAGAUCCAAGUGAAUUUGGGGAUAUAUAUGAUGAGGAUCAUUUUAUUUCCAUACUUGAUGGUUAUGUGAAGGUAGUUAAAGAACUUCCUGAGGCAAUAAUGGAGAAACAUAAUUACAAUAUGAGUAAUAUAACUACCAUCAAAGUUCAAGCUUGGGCUCCAGUCAGUUAUUACACGGGAGCUGUUUAUCCUAUCUUGCAAAAGGAAGGGGUUCUUCGAAUAGCUCCAUUUGCUAAUCGCUUGGCAAUGAGUGUCCCUCCACAUAUUCAAUUUCUAAGAUGUCUUACUAAUUAUAAAGCAUUGAGGUUUUGUUCUUCAAUAUCAGCACUAGCUGAGAAUCUGGUUUACCGAAUGAUUAAGAAGAGCUCAAGGACAGAUGGAAAAUACAUUGCUGUGCAUCUUCGCUUUGAGGAGGACAUGGUAGCAUUCUCGUGCUGUGAAUAUGAUGGAGGAAAGGCAGAGAAGUUGGAAAUGGAUUCAGCUCGUGAAAAGGGGUGGAGAGGAAAGUUCAAAAGAAAAGAUCGUAUCAUUGUACCUGAUCUCUAUCGAGUCAAUGGAAAAUGCCCACUUACCCCCCUAGAGGUUGGGAUGAUGCUACGUGGCAUGGGGUUCAAUAACAAUACCUCAAUAUAUUUAGCUUCUGGAAAAAUAUAUAAUGCCGAAAAAUAUUUGACUCCUUUAAUAAAGAUGUUUCCAAAUCUGUAUACUAAGGAGUCUCUUGCAACACCAGACGAGCUUGCUCCUUUUAUGGGCUAUUCCUCCCAAUUGGCAGCACUGGACUACACAGUAUGCUUGUCUAGUGAGGUUUUUGUUACAACUCAAGGUGGUAACUUUCCUCAUUUUCUAAUGGGCCAUAGAAGAUUCCUAUAUGAUGGGCAUGCCAAGACCAUUAUUCCUGAUAAACGCAAACUUGUUGUUCUGUUUGAAAACACAAGUAUCAGUUGGAAUGCUCUCAAGGACCAGAUGGAUGACAUGCUCGCUGAAAGUGAUCGCAAAGGGAUCAUGGUCCCUCGAGUUAGAAAAAUCAACCGAAAAACUUCUGUCUACACUUACCCUUUACCAGAAUGUAGAUGUCUACAGCAGUCUCUUGUCAAUAUAACAGUUGACUACAAUGUAAGCAUUCUAGAUAAUUACAGCCGAACAAAAGCUUAA